AUGGAAGAGAUUCUUAUGAGUGGUGCAACAAGAAUCCUAGAAAAACUAGUGGGUGUUGUUUCCAAAGACAUUGGUUUGGCUUUGGAUGUCAACGAUGACUUAAAGAAACUUCAAAGAACCUCGGAAAUGAUUCUCGCUGUGAUUGCCGACGCGGAGAGGAGGCAAGACAAGGAAGAACUUGUAAGACUUUGGUUACGAAGGCUCAAGGAUAUUGCUUACGACGCUGAUGACGUGAUUGAUGAGUUCUCUUAUGAGGACAUGCGUCGCCGUGAUAGAGAGGAUAGCUGGAAGCAUAAGGUAUUGGAUUUCACUUCAUCUUCAAACCCUUCACUUAUAUUUCGUUUCAAAAUGGCGAAAAAAAUCAAAGACAUAAACAAAAGAUUAAAUGAAAUAACCCAAGAUAUAGAUAGGUUUCAGUUAGAAGUUAGUGCACCUAUUCCUGAUGGUGAAAGUGAUGAACAACUGGAUCGACAAGUCAUUUCCCAUGUUAAUGAGUCAGAAAUCGUAGGAAGGGAGUAUGAUGAAUCCCAAAUAAUAAAACUUUUAACAACAGAUCCCAAAUCAUCAUCUUCAUCACCACCAGUUUUUGCCAAUCCUAAUCAUUCUCUUGAAAAGGUUUAUGUAGUAUCCAUAAUGGGUAUGGGUGGGCUUGGGAAGUCAACACUUGCACAACUCGUUUACAAAAACGAGUUGGUGAAGAAACUGUUUGAGCCAACAAUGUGGGUUCAUGUAUCUGAAAUUUUUGAUAUUGAAAUCCUCUUAGUAAAAAUUAUGGAGUCUAUUACUCAAACUAAGUUCCAAAGGGUUUCAAAUUUCUCUGUGCUAGUAAAUAUAGUUAGAGAACAUUUAGAUGGGAAAAAAUAUUUGUUAGUAACGAUUUAUGGAAUGAUGAUUCCGAGCAAUGGGAGUAAGAUACUGAUCACCACACGUAAUGACCGAGUUGCAUCUGUUGUUAGGGGGAGUAUUCCUCCUUACAGCUUGAGUCAAUUGCAAGAUGAUGCAUGUUGGUCUAUCAUCAAGCAAAGAGCGUUUUCUCCUGGUGGAGCAUUAAUUUCUCCAGAAAUGUCAGACAUAGGAAAAGAAAUAUCAAAAAAAUGCUGUGGUUUACCACUCGCAGCAAAAUUUCUUGGAAGUCUAAUGCACUUAAAAAAGAAAGAAAGUGACUGGAUAUCGAUUAGAGAUGAUGAUAUUUGGAAUACUCCAGAAAGCAAAAGAAAAAUCUUACCUGUAUUAAAAUUGAGCUAUAAUAACUAG